UGGUUCGUUCACUUACCCCUCGUAAGACUCGACUAAAAAUGUAGCGUUCUCAAAUUCCGGUGAAAGUCAAACAAGCCGUGCAGUAAAACGAACUUUUUGUAAACUUCGUUUGACCACCGUUAGUACAGUCAUGCUUUUGAAUCAAGAGCUAAAGUAAUAAUUUGGACAAAACAGCAGCAUUUGCAAUAUUAUACUAAUCUUACUUAAACAGUAAAAUAGUGUAAAAAUAUUAAUAACAAUUAAAAUGUAAGAACUCAGCUACUUAGACAACACGGAAGCAUCAAGAGACACACUCGGACGUCAAGACGCGUUUCCGUGAGUCUCAAAGGUCUGAUUUAAAGGAGGACAAUCGCGUUACCUGUAGAAAGUACAUGCCUCAUUAUUUGCCCACGUGCUCAACACACGACAGUGGGAGACAGCGCGUGACCUACGCAGCUUCACGACAUGUUUCCAGCUGACUUUGCCUGGGGAGCAUCAACCGCCGCGUAUCAAAUAGAAGGUGGCUGGCAGGCGGACGGCAAGGGACCGAGUAUCUGGGACACGUUUUGUCACGAGAAAGGCAGAGUGUUCGGGGACCAGGACGCUGAUGUUUCCUGUAACAGCUAUGAGCUGUGGGAGAAGGACCUGGAGUGCAUCCAGCAGCUCGGACUGACGCACUACCGCCUGUCUCUCUCCUGGGCCCGUCUCCUGCCUGACGGCACCACGCGGCAUGUCAAUCAAAAAGGUGUUCAGUAUUACAACAGAGUGCUGGAUGAUUUGCUGGCCUGUAACGUGUCACCUAUGGUCACACUGUACCACUUCGAUAUGCCUCAAGCGCUCCAGGACCAGGGCGGCUGGAAGUCACCGGAUAUAGUGGCGCUGUUCGACAGCUAUGCCCGGUUUUGUUUCCAGACUUUCGGGGACCGCGUCAAACUUUGGCUCACCAUCAACGAGCCGGGCGUGUGCGCCACACACGGCUAUGAAGACGGGCUGCACGCCCCGGGCCUGAAGGAGCCCGGGCGCUCUGCUUACCUGGUGGGCCACAGCAUGCUGCGGGCCCACGCUCGGGCCUGGCACAGCUACAGCUCCCUCUACAAAGCAGAGCAGGGCGGCGCAGUGUCUCUGGCCAUUAGCAGCGACUGGUUGGAGCCACUGGACCCCAGUGACCCCGCCGACGUCGCCGCUGCCGAGCGUGACCUCGCGUUUAAGUUGGGAUGGUUCGCCUGGCCGCUGUUUGUCACAGGGGACUACCCGGACGUCAUGAGAGCCGCCAUCGACCGGCAGAGCGAGAAGCUCGGCUGCGGCGGCGCCUCCAGGCUGCCCCGCUUCUCGCAGGACGAAGCCGCCGUCUUAGGCACCGCCGACUUCUUCGCUUUGAAUUACUACACGUCCCGGAAAGUGAGGGCAGGAGGCGGCGGAGGACAGACGCUGUGCAUGAAGAGUGACAGAGACGCACAGGAAGUGGUGGAUGCUUCGUGGCCCAUCUGUGGGGUGUCUUGGCUGGCAGUGGUGCCUCACGGUUUAAGGAAACUUCUCAAGUACAUUAAGGACACCUGCGACCACCCGGCCAUCUACGUCACAGAGAACGGCUUCUCCCAGGUGGGGCCGCUGCAAACUGACGAUGUCCAGCGCUGUGGGUUUUACGAAGACACCAUCUUGGAAGUGGGCAAAGCUGUUGAGGAAGACGGGGUCGAUGUCCGUGGCUACUUCGUAUGGUCGCUGCUGGACAACUUUGAAUGGGCCGAUGGCUUCAGCGUUCGCUUUGGAUUGUUCCACGUGGACUUCUCAGAUGCGCAGCGGCGUCGGACCGCCUACCGGUCCGGACUUCAGUAUGCAAAGAUUAUCAGGAGGUACAGAGCAGCUGUGCAGUGAUUUAAUGGAUCCUAAACUUUCACAUUCAAUAAAAGUUUGCUGAGUUAAUGCAAUCAACCAAA